AUGACCGAACCUGUUCUGUUUGGCGCCAAGGCCGAAGACCUCGGUUCCCUAGCACCGAAUGAUUCACAGAAAAGCUUUGACCUGCUGGACGACCCCGAUCGGGAACGUGCCCCAGGCGAGUUGCCGGAUGUGUUUGGCAAGCACACGAUUGGCGAGAUAGCCGAAUGUCUGCAUGUUCUGCGUGGCAUGACAGAGUCCAUGCGUAGACGCCGCUUUGACGGGGGAGCCUUGCGACUAGACCAGGUCAAGGUGGUCUUCUCGCUUGGCAAGAACUUCCAGCCCUACGGGUUUUCUGUCUACGAGCACACCGAGAGCCACCGGCUGAUUGAGGAGCUGAUGCUGCUGGCCAACAUGGCCGUGGCCCACCGGCUGUACAAGGCGUUUCCCGAGGAGGCCUUUCUGCGCUCGCACCCUCCACCCGAUGACGCCCAGCUGGUGGAGGUGGAGGCACUGUGCACUGCCUAUGGGGUCCCCCUGGACACCACCUCAGCCGGCACUCUGCAGGCCUCCCUGAACGCUAUGGUGGGCACAGACGAGCUGUCGCAUGCCAAACUCAACGUGCUCACACACAUGCUCUCCAAGCCCAUGAAGAUGGCCGUCUACUUCUGGGGGCGGCGAGAGGAUCCCUUCUCGUUUUCCCACUAUGCUCUCAAGUGCCUCUCUACACGCACUUCACGUCACCCAUCCGGCGCUACGCCGACAUUGUGGUGCACCGGCAGCUGGCAGCUGCCCUCGGUUGUGGACCUGCCGUGGCGUUGAGGCUUCGGAGUUGCAGCGGUGGCCGACCACUGCAACGACAACAAGUACAAGGCACGCACUGUGCAGGAGCUGAGCAUCGACCUGUUCCUGCAUGCCUUCGUGGAACAGUGUGGCUCGCUCGAGGACAAGGCCAUGGUGACGGCCGUGCUGAACACGCCUUCGACGUACUCGCGCUCAGCGUCGGCAUGGUC